AUGGCCCUUGCACUUCCCCACCCGCUGAAGCAGCUAAGCAUCGAGGAGACAAACCUCGCUCGGGAUGUUACCUUGACCUUGCACAAGGGUGCUGUGAUCGAGUUUCGUGAGAUCUUCCUGAACGAGCCACCGAAGGCUGAACUCAUCAAGUACUUGGAUUUGGAGCAUUCCGGGCAACUAACCGACAACUCGCCACGGCCACCGCGUCUGGCGAAGGUCCAAUAUGAUGUUAUUGGAGAAGGCAACAAAGCGCCCGUGUUCCACGAAUCAGUUAUCGACCUUCGCAAGAAGGACAGAAUAUCACAUGAGACGAUCAGCUCAGAUUACCAAGCUGCUUUGACGAUACAUGAGUUUAUGACAUUCGUGGAAGUCUGUCAGAAGUCGGAGCUUUACCAAUCGAAGAUCGCAGAGCUCAAGCUGCCCGAAGGUUUCGAAGUAGUUAUUGAGCCAUGGCCUUACGGUGGUAUGGAUGCGACCGAGGAGAGGCGACGAUUUUUCCAAGGACUACUUUUCGGAAAGGACACGAGAAACGGCAACCCGGACUCCAACUUCUACGCGUUCCCCCUCCCGCUAAUUCCCAUCAUGGAUUGGGCCGACAAGAAGAUCGUGAAGGUGCUUGAGCUGGCGACCGGCGGAAAGGGCGACAGCUUGACUGCCAGGACAGAAAAGCCUAAUGUACUCGAUCACUGCAAGGGCAGCGAAUACGUACCAGAGCUCCUGCCUGAGGGAACACGACAAGAUCUGAAGGCUCUGCAUGUCGUACAGCCUGACGGCCCCAGCUUCACUGUCUCUGACGACAACCUUAUCGAAUGGCAGAACUGGAGGAUGCGUCUCAGCUUUAACACAAGAGAGGGUGCUGUCCUCCACGACGUCACAUACCAAGGGCGCAAUGUCAUGCACAGACUCAGUAUGAGUGAGAUGACAGUGCCAUAUGCCGACCCGAGAGAACCUUACCACAGGAAACAGGCAUUCGAUUUCGGCGACGGUGGUGCUGGCAACUGCGCCAACAACCUUACUCUUGGCUGCGACUGUCUCGGUGUUAUCAAGUACUUUGACGGCAUCAUCACUGGCCCUGAUGGAACCGGUGAGGUCGCCAAGAAUGUCGUGUGCUUGCACGAGCAGGAUAAUGGUAUCGGCUGGAAGCACACCAACUGGAGGACAGGCCGUGCCGUAGUGACGCGCCGUCGUGAGCUCGUCUUCCAGUUCAUCAUCACUCUGGCCAACUACGAAUACGCCUUCUACUACAUCCUCGACCAAGCUGGUGCCAUCAACAUCCAAGUUCGAGCCACUGGUAUUGUUUCUGUUGUCAACAUCGACGAGGGCAAGAAGAGCGACUACGGAAAGAUCGUCAGUCCUGGUGCUCUAGCCCAAAACCAUCAACACAUAUUCUGUGUGCGCAUGGACCCCGCCAUCGAUGGACACAAGAACACGGUGGUUCAAGAGGAGAGUUUGCCCGUGCCCAUGAACCCAAAGACCAACCCCCAUGGUAACUACUACGAGGUUGUGCAAACACCCAUUACAAAAUCGGGCGGCAUCGAUGCCGAUCCAUCAAGGCAUCGUAUCUUCAAGAUUCAAAACCGAAACAAGUUGAACCCUAUCAGCGGAACACCCGUCGGAUACAAAAUCGUGCCCCCAGCGACUCAGCUGCUCCUCGCCGACCCCAACUGUGUUCAAUCCAAGCGCGCCGAGUUUGCGAAGCACCAUCUUUGGGUCACUAAACACAAAGACGACGAGUUCUAUGCCGGCGGUCGUUUCACACUCCAAAGCACAAAGGAGGUGGAAGGACUUGGCGAUGCGGCAGCCAGAGGUGAUAACGUAGAAGACGAUGACAUUGUUGUUUGGAGCUCUUUCGGCCUUACCCACAACCCUCGUGUGGAAGAUUGGCCUGUGAUGCCUGUAGAGAUUUUGGAGCUUCACAUAACUCCUUCCGACUUCUUCACGAAGAAUCCCGCGAUCGACGUCCCUUCGAACAAGGAUCUGAUAUCUAAGCUCGCCAACGGCUGUUGUGAGAAGAGAGAACUUCCCAUGAGAUCGUCUUUGUAA